AUGGGUCUUAGUCCCUCCAAGGUUACUCCCAAAAUGGAGUCCAAGCAGGAGACAGCUUCAGAGGCUCCGAGGCAGGAGCAGGAGGACUGGCCCCAAGCGGACUCAGAGAGCAGAUCAGACCUGGAGGCGACGACGUCGGCAACCGCCACGAUGUCGGAAUCAGCAUCGGGGCCUGAGCAGCUCCCCGCCCUCACGCGGGAGCCGGGGCAGGUCUUGGUAUCAAGUCAAGGACAAGCACACGACCUUAGCCGGGCUUCCGGGCCAGACCCAUCCCACCAGUCGUCUGAAAAGUGGGAGUCCCCGGUCCCGGACCCCCAGUGGGAAGCCGGCCCCCCGGAGCGGCCCCACUGCUACACCAACUGCCUGGAGGAGCCCCUCUCCCGCGGCUUCCAGAAGAUGGGACUGGCUGUGGGCUCAUACCCCUGGAUCUUCCUGCUGGCGCCCCUGCUGCUGUCGGCUGUUCUGGGCACCGGCUGGAUUUACCUGCCCAAGGACAAAGAAGAGAACCUGGAGGAGCAGUACACGCCUUCAGGCAGCCCAGCCAAAGCUGAGCGGCGCUUCGUGCAGACACAUUUCUCCAUCAACGAGUCCUACUUCUUCUCACCCUUCAGACACAGCACCGAAGCCAACUUUGCCUCCAUCCUGGUGGUCUCCAACACUGCCUCUCUGCUGGACCAAGUGGUCUUGGCGGAAAUUAGUCAACUGGACCAGGCGGUGCAGACUCUGGCUGGGCCACGAGGAGACGGAACCAGGAUCUUGUAUACACAGGCGUGUGCCAGGUACCAGGGCAACUGCAUGCCCCCCAACCCUCUCCUGUUCACCUGGCAGAACAAUAGAAACGUGGACCUGAAAAGCAUCACGUUCCCUGUGUACAACACAAGUCAGGCAUCCAUCUACUUGGCCGGCCUCUUAGGAGGAACCGUCUUAGGGCACAAGGUGGGACCGAGUCAUGUCCUCCUAAGCGCCAAAGCCAUGCGGCUGCAGUACUAUCUGAAGACGGUGGACCCCCAGGACGACCGUCACAGCAAGAACUGGCUGAUAGAGUUCCUGGACCAAAUUAACAACAUUGAAAAGCGCCUGGCGUUGAAGUACAUCCAGGUGGUCUACUUUACAUCACUUUCUAGGAAACUGGAAUUUGAGGCAACUGCUAGGACAGUGAUCCCUUUGUUUCACACGGCAUACAUUCUAAUCAUAUUGUUUGCAAUCGUAUCAUGCUACAGGUUUAACUGUAUACGAAACAAAAUGUGUACUGCAGUCGUUGGAGUGAUUUCUGUUGCCUUGUCAGUGGUGAGUGGCUUUGGCCUCAUGUUGUACAUUGGGGUGCCAUUUGUGACAAUAGUUGCAAAUUCACCAUUUCUAAUUCUAGGCGUUGGAGUUGAUGACAUGUUUAUCAUGAUUGCUGCCUGGCAGAAGACCAGCCUCACAGAGAGCGUAAAACAGCGAAUGUCUGAUGUCUAUUCAAAGGUGGCUGUGUCCAUCACGAUCACCACCCUCACCAAUGUCCUCGCCUUCUCCACAGGGAUUUUGACGUCCUUUAAGUCUGUACAAUAUUUUUGCAUGUACACGGGAACAACCUUGCUCUUCUGUUAUUUUUAUAACAUCACCUGUUUUGGAGCAUUUAUGGCCCUAGAUGGUAGGAGAGAAGUGGUCUGUCUACGCUGGCUGCAAAGGUCAGUAGAUAACCCAAACCAAAAAUAUUCCUCGUUGAUAAAGAACUUAUGUCUCCCAUUUAGUUCUCUUGAAACUGACCCAGAAAUGCAUAUCCAUCCCAUGAACUUGUUCUUUAGAGAUUAUUUUGGCCCCUUUCUCACAAACACUAAAGCCAAGUUUUUGGUAGUGUUUUUAUAUGUUCUGUACAUCAUCUUCAGUAUAUAUGGGUGCUUCAAAGUGCAAGAAGGUCUAGACCUUCGACAUUUGGCAAGUGAUGAUUCCUAUAUCACACCCUAUUUUAAUGUACAUGAAGAAUAUUUUUCAGACUAUGGUCCCAUAGUGAUGGUGAUCGUUACUGAAACUGUUGACUACUGGGAUAAAGACACUAGACAAAAAUUAGGAAAAUGUCUGACAAAUUUUGAAGACAAUGACUAUGUAGUUAAAAAUCUAACACAGUUUUGGUUACAAGCAUAUAUCCAGUUUAUGGAAACCAACCGCUUAGAUGUAAAUAAUAGAGAUGAUUUUAUAAACAACCUUCCUAAAUUUUUAGUGCAUGUUCCAAUUUUUACAUAUGAUGUUAAUGUUUCAUCAUCACAUGAAAUUACUUCUUCCAGGGCCUUCAUUCAGACCAUGGGUAUUUCUUCUUCACGCAGUAAGAAGAACAUGUUAAACCAAUUUCGAGGUAUUGCCAAAAGGUGUGAAAUUCCCCUAAUGGUUUAUAACCCAGCAUUUAUAUAUUUUGAUCAAUAUACUGCAAUAUUAGAAAACACUAUUCGAAGUGUUAUUGUUGCAUCAAUAGCUAUGUUCAUUGUUUCUUUAUUGUUAAUUCCCCACCCAAUGUGUUCCUUGUGGGUAACUUUUGCUAUUGCGUCUGUGAUUGUAGGAGUAACAGGUUUCAUGGGAUUCUGGCAUGUCAAUCUUGAUUCUGUAUCCAUGAUGAAUCUAGUUAUUUGUAUAGGGUUUUCUUUUGAUUUUUCUGCACACAUUUCAUAUGCAUUUGUUUCCAGUUCUAAACCCUCAGCAAACCAAAAAGCAAUUGAGGCAUUGUAUUUGCUAGGCUACCCUGUGUUACAAAGUGCCUUUUCAACAAUAAUAGGAGUGUGGGUUUUAUCUGUAGCUAAAACAUACAUCUUCAGGACAUGUUUUAAGAUUAUGUUUCUUGUUAUGGUAUUUGGGGCUAUUCAUGGCCUAAUUUUUAUUCCAGUAUUCUUGACCAUUUUUUGA